AAUGUGACAGCUGGACUCCUAUAUCAAUGUUCCUAUGACAACAAGGCUAUCAAUUACAUCAACUCUGCAGUGGACUUUAGUUCCUGCAGGUAAUCCAGAGGGAGUGACUCUUUAACCGAACGGCAGAAACGUGUGUAGACAUGGCAAAAUUCUUAUCACAAACUCAGAUUGAUGAGUUCAAAGAAUGUUUCUCGCUUUAUGACAAGAAGCGAAAGGGGAAGAUUGAAGCCAAAGACCUUAUUACAGUCAUGCGCUGUCUGGGUACAAGUCCCACAUAUAAUGAAGUGGACAGACAUCUACAAAUCCACAAAAUAGAUAAGACAGGGGAGUUGGAUUUUUCUACAUUUCUAACCAUGAUGCAUAGACAGAUGCAGCAGGAAGAUCCUAAGACUGAAAUUCUGGAGGCUAUGCGCAUGACAGAUAAACACAAGAAGGGUUACAUUCUGGCCUCUGAGCUACGGGCCAAACUCACAGGCUUGGGAGAAAAGCUCACUGAUAAAGAAGUGGAUGAGCUUUUUAAAGAGGCUAAUGUUGGACGUGAUGGACUUGUUUAUUAUGAGGAGUUCACCAGAAUGGUCACACUUCCUUCAGUUGACUACUAGUCAAGAAGAGCCGGUUGGCCCCUUACCCUGAAUAUUGCAAUUAUUUUACUAGCAAUAAUGAGAUAUUUUUGUUCUGUGUAAACAUUGUAAACAGCUGAUUAAAUUACAAUAAAGAACUCAAAAUGUGA